AUGUCGCAGAACGAGGCCACCACCUGGCUGUCACAAACUGCUACCACCGCUCCGAUGACUUUCAAAUUUGGCAUCAUGUCCUCCCUCACAUAUCCUGAUCCACGCCCUGCAAUCCUUGUCGGCGAUCGCGCCCUCAAUCUCUCCAUUCUCGCAAAAUGGGGCGGCUUCUCACAGUUAAAGGUUAUCCAACCUCACCUCAUUGUGUUCGACCAGUCUGACUUAACUGCAUAUGCGGGCUUACCCUCCGAGGUUCGUGCAGAGGUUCGACAAUAUCUUCGCGACAUGCUUGUGAAAAAUGGACCUUAUGCGGCAGCACUGCAAGACAAGCUGCUAGUCAGGGCUGCUGUGAUCUUUCCUGUCAGCGAUGUGGUACUCCAUCCGCCGUUCAGGGCUGGCUGGCUCGACGCUACAAUCCUGUAA